GAUGCAGCACCCGCUGGAGCUGGGGGCCGCGCACUACUUCCCGGCCGAAGCCUUCCCCGACCACCGCUCGCACCGCUACCGCAGCUUCAUGAUCGAGGAGAUCCUCACCGACCCCCCGGACGCCAAAGGGGCCGCGCCGGCCGGGGAGCUGCUCAAGUUCGGGGUGCAGGCGCUGCUCUCCGCCCGGCCCUACCACAACCACCUCGCGGUGCUGAAGGCGGAGCCGGCCGCCGUGUUCAAGUUCCCGCUGGCUCCCUUGGGCUGCUCGGGGCUGGGCUCGGCGCUGCUGGCCGCCGGCUCGGGGCUGCAGGGCGGCUCCGCCUCGCCCCAUCUCCCGCUGGAGCUGCACCUCCGCGGCAAGCUGGAGCCGGGCCCCCCGGAGCCGGGCAGCAAGGCCAAGAAGGGGCGCCGGAGCCGCACCGUCUUCACCGAGCUGCAGCUCAUGGGGCUGGAGAAGCGCUUCGAGAAGCAGAAAUACCUCUCCACGCCCGACAGAAUAGACCUGGCCGAAUCGCUGGGGCUUAGCCAGCUCCAGGUGAAAACCUGGUACCAGAACAGGCGCAUGAAAUGGAAGAAAAUAGUGCUGCAGGGGGGCGGCCUGGAGUCCCCCACCAAGCCCAAGGGCCGCCCCAAGAAGAACUCCAUCCCCAGCAGCGAGCAGCUCUCGGAGCAGGAGCGAGCCCGGGACGCCGAGAAGCCGCCCGAGAGCCUGGGCUCGCCGGCCGAGGUCAGCCAGGAGGAGUGAGGGUCCCCGCCCGGCCCCACCGCCGCCGGCCCCGGCCGCCCCCCGCCGGGCGCUGCCCGCCGAGCCCGCCGCCGGC